AUGGAAAGUCAAACGGAGGGAAGAUUGAACAAUUUGGAGAUGACCGUGGAGGGAAUUAAGGCGAUAAGGCGUGAUUUACAACAAUUGAUGAGAGGGAUGAACGGAGGGAACCAUAAUGGGCGCAACCACAAUCAAGGGGGUGGUUUUGAAGAAAGUAGCAAUUCGAAGGUGGCGGAGGAGGACAAGGUGGAAUUGGCUUACAUUAGCAUGGAGGGGAGUGCCAGUUACUGGUUCAAGUAUUGGAGGGAGAAGACCAAGAACCGUUCUUGGAUGGGUCUGAAGGCCGGAUUGGUUAAUCGCUUUGGAGGAGGGUUUAGGGGAACUGUUUACGAACAACUGGCCACGUUGCGACAAGAAGGCUCGGUGGAGGAGUAUGUCCGCGAUUUCGAGAGGUUAUUGGGACAGACCCAGGGGUUGACGGAGGAGUUGAUACUGGGAUUCUUUCUAGCUGGGUUACGUGAGGAGAUAAAGGGGCAGGUGCGAAUCCAAGAUCCCCAAGAAUUUAUGAUCGCGGUGAGGGUGGCGAGAGAUGUGGAGGACGCGAUGAAUCGGGCACGAGGAGGAGUCUGGAACGGUGGAAGGGUGAACUCGACGAACGUACGAGCGACAUCGGCGAUUGUUCGGGAGGACGGAGAUCGCAACUCCAUAAAUCGACCCAGUGGAACAGAAGGGGGAGGAGCAACCCGUCGAGAGGGGUCGACGAUGACUGGAAAUACCAAUGCCAGGGGUGUCGCUACGGCGGGAGGCGAUGGUGGAGGAAGAAUGGUAAGGAACUUACCUUAUCCCGAGUAUUUGAGAAGGAGGGCCGAGGGGAGAUGCUUCCAAUGUGGGGGUCCUUUCGCUCCUGGUCAUCGGUGUCCGGAAAAGAGCUCGAGGGUGUUACUGCUGGCGAAGGACGAGAUAGGGGAAUCGGAGGAAGAGGUUGGCGAGGAGACGAAACCCAUGGAGUUGUCGGCGUACUCUGCGGAGGGGUUGACGCCACCGAAAACGAUGAAGUUGAUAGGGUUGAUCGGAGAAAAACGCGUGGUGGUCCUCAUUGAUAGCGGAGCUAGCCAUAACUUCAUUAGCCGGAGGGUGGUGGAGGAAUUAAAGCUGUCAGUGGUGGAUACGCCGUUGUAUACGGUUAGUCUCGAUGAUGGGCAUAAGAAGGUAACACGAGGGAAGUGUGAGAGUGUUAGAUUAAGGUUGGGUGACACCACCGUGGAGGAGGAGCUUUACGUGUUUGAGUUGGGGGGUGUAGACGUGGUUCUGGGCAUUGCCUGGCUUGCCAAACUGGGAGAAGUGACGAUAAACUGGGGGGAGAUGGCGAUGAAAUUUUGUGUGAGGGGCGAGAAGAUUAUUAUCCGAGGAGACCCAGCCCUAUCAAGACAGCUGGUGGAACCUAGAGAAUUGUGGAGGAUAGCAGACGAUGACUCAUGGGCUUUCGUGUGGGAGUUAGGUGGAGUGGAGCAGAAAACUGAGGGUGAGGUGGCGAGUGAUUUGACAGAAACCCAGCAAGUGGAGUUGAGAUCUGUCUUGCAUGCACACGGACGCGUGUUCCAGGAGAGAGAGGGGCUGCCACCACAACGUGCUAUGGACCAUCGGAUAAUGUUGAAAGAAGGGACAAAUCCUAUAAAUGUCCGGCCAUAUAGAUAUCCGUAUCUUAUGAAAGAAGAGAUUGAAAAACAAGCUGCAGAUAUGUUAAAAGCGGGUAUUAUUCGACCCAGCCAGAGCCCAUACUCAAGUCCCGUAAUUUUGGUGAAGAAGAAGGACGGGAGCUGGAGAUUUUGUGUAGAUUAUUGGGCUUUAAACAAAGCCACGUUUCUGGAUAAGUUUCCGAUACCCAUCAUUGAGGAGUUGCUGGAUGAACUCAAAGGAGCAAGGUAUUUUUCCAAACUGGAUCCGAAGGCAGGCUACAAUCAGAUAAGGAUGGGUGCUACGGAUAUUUCGAAAACUGCCUUCAGGACCCAUCAAGGCCACUUUGAAUUUUUGGUGAUGCCAUUUGGGCUCACAAACGCCCCGGCAACCUUCCAGCAUGUGAUGAACGAAUUGAUGGCAGCAUUUUUGAGGAAGUGGGUGCUCGUCUUCUUCGACGAUAUCCUUGUUUAUAGCCCGACUUGGGAAGAACAUAUGAAACAUUUGAAGAUGGUGUUGCAGCUACUUGAACAGCAAGGGUGGGUUGCAAAUCCAAAAAAAUGUGAGUUUGGAAAGAAGAGGGUGCACUAUUUCGGCCAUCAAAUUUCAGAGCAGGGGGUGGAAAUGGAUUAUGAUAGAAUUAAAGCAGUGGUGGAAUGGGGCGAACCGAAGAACUUGAAGGCCCUGCGAGGAUUCUUGGGUCUAACCGGUUACUAUAGAAGGUUUGUAUGGAGGUAUGGGGAGCUGGCCCGGCCCUUAACUGAGUUGUUAAAGAAGGGGAGAUUUGAAUGGACGGAGAAGGCCGGAGAAGCCAUGGCAGCAUUGAAGUCAACCAUCACAUCAGCACCUGUGCUAGCCUUGCCUGAUUUUACCCAGGAGUUCCACCUAGAAUGCGAUGCUUCGGGGAGAGGAGUGGGUGCUGUUUUGAUGUAG